AUGGGCCCUGAGAUUGUGGAUGAGACUACGCAGAAUAUCCAAGUGAUUAAAGCUAACCUGAAAGCGGCCCAGGAUCGACAGAAGAGUAUCACCGAUAAGCAUGCCACUGACAGAGUAUAUAAAGUUGGAGAUUGGCUAUUUCUAAAGGUCAAGCUACCUCUAGAGUUAUCAAAGGUACAUGACAUUUUCCAUGUAUCUAUGCUUCGUCACUAUGUCUCUGAUCCAUUGCACGUUAUCCCUCCUCAACCACUAGAGAUUAACCCAGACUUGACUUAUGAUGAAGAGCCAGUGACGAUUUUGGAUUGGAAGGAUAAGGUUCUCAGGAACAAGACUAUGUGUAUGGUGAAAGUUUUAUGGAGGAAUCAUUCGGUCGAGGAAGCUACCUAG